CACUGCGUUUUGUUAUCAAAAAUUGUUGACAACAAAUGUGAAAGUGAAAAAUAUACUGUUUUAAAAGUUGUAAAGAUAUUAUGAUAAGAAGAAUGUUGCAUUUUUGUUGAGUCGAUGGUGAAUUUAAGUCGAUCUAUGUUUGAAUAAUAUUUUGUGAACAUGAUGAAUAUGGUUGUUGUUGAGUGUAAGGUUUACUGCAUUGUGGAUUCCUAAAUAUCGAUAAUACUUUAUUUGAUCUCCUUGGAAUAAUUACCUUGCAAUGUCAACUAAGAUUGUAAUGGAAAAGAUCGAUGAGACUAAUGUGACUGAGGCAAAAAGGCCUGAAGAUGUUAUUAAAAUGCCCCUUAAUGAUAAUUUAAAAUUCGCUGUUCUCAUCGGGUUAGUGGAGGUGGGGCAAGUGUCAAACAAGGAAGUUGUGAAUACUGUGCUUCAUCUGCUGGUUGGAGGAGAAUUUGACAUGGAACUAAAUUUUGUCAUACAACAGCCGCAAAAUAUAGUUCAUAUGUUAGAUUUGUUGGAUCACUGCCCGUCCAAUUUGCAGGCUGAGGUAUGGAGUGUAUUUAUUGCCAUUUUGAGGAAAAGUCUCCGAAACCUUCAGGCGUGUACAGACGUUGGACUCAUCAAACAUGUUCUUUCUAGGUUACCUCUUGUUGAAGAAGUUGUAGCAGACCUCUUGAUUGAAAUUUUAGGAGUUUUAGCUAGUUAUAGUAUAACUGUUAGAGAGCUUAAGCUAUUAUCUGGCUGCAUGAAGGCUGAAAAUGGAAAAUGGCCAAGGCAUUCAGUAAAGCUUUUAUCGGUGUUAAGACAAUUACCACAAAGACAUGGUCCUGACACAUUCUUUAGCUUUUCUGGAAAAAAGGGUGCUGCUAUAGCUCUACCUCCUCUAGCAAGGUGGCCGUAUCAGAAUGGCUGGACGUUUAGUACAUGGUUUAGGCUAGAUCCAAUUAAUAGUGUAAAUAUAGAAAGAGAAAAACCUUAUUUGUUUUGUUUUCGUACCUCAAAAGGAGUUGGCUAUUCUGCACAUUUUGUAGGCAAUUGUCUUGUUUUCACGUCGAUGAAAGUCAAGGGAAAAGGCUAUCAACAUUGUGUAAAAUAUGAAUUUCAGCCACGAAAGUGGUACAUGAUUGCAAUUGUUUAUAUUUACAAUCGAUGGAGUAAAAGCGAAAUCAAAUGUUUUGUAAAUGGACAACUGGCAUCUACUACAGAAAUGAGCUGGCUUGUAAAUAAUAAUGAGCCUUUUGAUAAAUGUUACAUUGGUGCUGCUCCAGAGCUAGAAGAAGAACAUGUUUUCUGUGGUCAGAUGUCUGCCAUGUAUUUAUUUAGUGAAGCUUUAACCACUCAUCAGAUUUGUGCCAUCCAUAGGUUAGGUCCAGGUUACCAAAGUCAAUUUAGGUUUGAUGGUGAAGCCAGUUCAACUUUACCUGAGAAUUUAAAAAGAGUACUUUAUGAUGGUAAACUUUCAAGUGCCAUAGUGUUUAUGUAUAAUCCUGUUGCAACUGAUAGCCAACUAUGUCUGCAAGCUGCUCCAAAAGGAAACAUUUCAUUUUUUGUCCAUACUCCUCAUGCUUUAAUGUUACAAGAUGUUAAAGCUAUUACAACACAUUCCAUCCACAGUACUUUAAAUUCCAUCGGGGGCAUACAGGUAUUGUUUCCAUUAUUAGGACAGCUGGACAUUCCAACUGGUAUUUCUCUCACCAAAAUCCAGGAAAAGAAAUUAACUACAUGUGCAACAUUAAUAGGGUUUGUUUGUGAUUUGGUUGAAAAUUCUCCCACCGUCCAGCAGCACAUGAUACAGAACAAAGCUUUUCUGGUCAUCAGCUACUUACUGCAGAAGGCAUCUAGAGAUCAUAUUACUGAGGAAGUGUUAUUAUCGUUUUUGAAUCUCACGAAGUAUUUGGUGACGGUCAACAACAGCAAUAGUGAGUUGCUACUAAAGCAGUUGCUUGAUCAUAUCUUAUUCAAUCCGGCCCUUUGGAUUUACACCCCAACUGUUGUUCAAACAAAGUUAUUUACUUAUCUUGCGACUGACUUUCUGGCUGAUACUCAAAUCUACAGCAAUGUUCGUCGCAUUAGUACUGUGUUGCAGACAAUGCACACUUUAAAGUAUUAUUAUUGGGUGGUCAAUCCAAGAAACAAAAGUGGUAUCACCCCUAAAGGGGUUGAUGGCCCCCGUCCUACUCAAAAUGAUAUCAUGUCCAUACGACAAUACAUUUUGUUAUUUUUGAAACAGUUGAUUUUAAAAGGAAAUGGUGUUAAAGAAGAUGAACUACAAAGCAUAUUGAAUUAUUUGACUACCGUCCAUGAGGAUGAAAAUCUUCACGAUGUUCUUCAAAUGUUAAUGUCACUAAUGUCAGAGCAUCCAGCAUCUAUGGUUCCAGCAUUUGAUAUUAAGAAUGGAAUUAGGACUGUUUUUAAAUUACUUGCAUCAACAAAUGAAGUAAUUCGUUUACAAGCAUUGAAACUGUUGGGUUAUUUCUUAAGCCGAAGUACACAUAAGCGCAAACAUGAUGUCAUGGGCCCCCAUAAUCUUUAUAUGCUUCUUGCUGAAAGAUUGCUUUUACAUUCAGACCAUAUCUCUCUCUCAACGUAUAAUGUUUUAUAUGAGAUUCUGACAGAGCAUGUAUCAAGUCAAAUUUUAUAUCAAAAGCAUCCUGAGCCAGAAUCUCAUUACCGAUUAGAGAAUCCGAUGAUCUUGAAAGUUAUUGCCACUUUGAUACGACAAUCUAAGCCAUGUGAGGAACUUAUGGAAACGAAAAAACUCUUUCUGUCAGACAUGACAUUGUUGUGCAAUAACAAUAAAGAAAAUCGUAGGACUGUCUUGCAGAUGUCUGUUUGGCAAGAGUGGUUGAUUGCAAUGGCCUACAUUCAUCCCCAAAAUGCAGAAGAGCAAAAGCUUUCUGAUAUGGUUUACUCUUUGUUUCGAAUGCUUUUGCAUCAUGCAAUAAAAUAUGAAUAUGGUGGAUGGAGAGUUUGGGUUGACACUCUUGCCAUUGUUCAUUCAAAAGUGUCUUUUGAAGAAUUCAAGCUUCAGUUUUCCCAGAUGUAUGAACAAUAUGAACAGCGCCGGUCUGAUCAUUUAACUGACCCUGCUCUGCGCAAGCAAAAGCCCAUAAGCACUAUCUCAGGCUUGGACAACAAUAACCAUCGUGCCUUAAUAGUUACAAAUCCACCCAGACCUGAUAUCGUCCAUAAAGAUCAGAAUGAAAACGAGUCCAAAUUAGAAAACUCUAAACUAGUCAUCCAGUCCUCUUACUCUGUAAAUGAAGAACAGACACAGUCAAAAAUACAACAUAUUUUAGAAGAUGUCAAAAAAAUUGAAAAUUCAUUAGAGCAUCAUAAUGAGACUGAUUUGACUGAAGAAUCUUGCAAAACAGUUCACGAAACACCUGAGAUGGGCAGUAAACCAACUUAUAAUAGUAGUUUGUGUGAAGCUCUUUUAACUGCUGAUGAUCACAGACCAGUACCAGUAUCUGAAGAUAGUGCAAUUGUUGUAACUCUACCCUUAGAUACUUGUACCGAGGUUUCCAAUAGUGAGUUAGAGCAAGUUCCUACUGUGCAGGAGAGCCAAACUACAGAGCUUAUACAUUCACCAAGCAUUGAUUUAGAAUCGAUUACUUGUGCCAAAACUGAUACAGAAAGUGCUCAAAUAAACUCUCCCAGUGACUCGGGAUUUGCUUCACUUUCUAUAGGUGAACUAGACGAAACGAAGGGCAAAACAACCACUGAUGAUGGUACAACAUGUGAUAAUGACAUAGCUUUAGAUGAUGAAAGUGCAGCUACGGGGCAAACUCCUGAUGAGUUGCCCCCAGAGACAUUGGAUGAUGAUGAAGUCACGAAGUCUUUUGAAGAGAUUCAUGAUAUAAAUGAGGAGGAUGCAGACAUUGAUGUUUUGACUGCAAAUUUAGAAGAAGAAAGCUAUGUCGAGAACAAUGUAAAUCAAACUGAUAUUAAGGAUUUAGAAGAAUUUCCUACCUCUGAUGAAAUGAAUUCAUCAGAUUUAGAAAGCAAUGUUAUUGCAGAUGACAAGUUGCCUGAAAAUGAGAAUAUUGAUUCAGUUUCGUCAAAAAUUGAACUUACGGCUCAUGAGUCAACAAAAACUGAAACGUGUGAUAUUAUUGAGAAAACAUCUAGUGAUGUAGACAAGGAGUUGACUCAUAGUGAGCCUCAAACUCUAUCUGAUGAUAAAAGCAGCACAGAAAAUAAUACUCAGGUUGUUGAAAGUGAGAAUACUGUUUCAGAGGAGUCUAACGUAGAAUUUGAGGAGAUACAACAGACUUGUAAUGAUGAAACAUUAAGUCAAAGUGUUGAGGCUGAUGCUAUUGAAAUACCAAAUUCAGAUAUAUCAAUAGAAAGUGUUUCUGUAAGUAGUGCUGUAUCUCCAUCACAUUCAAGUGUGACUGAAACUGACAUUCCUUUACAAGUUAAUGACUCAGAUAUUCAAAUUCCACUUACUGAUAAUGAAAGUGUGUUAUGUUCGGAGAGCAGCAUAUCUUCAUCUGAAAAUAGUGUUAUAACUGUAGCAGAACAACCAAUAAGUCAUGCAAAAAUUGAGGAAAAAUUACUUGUUGCUGCUGAAAGUGAAUCAGCACCAGCUGAUGAUUCUAACCUCGGUAAAAUAACAGAUGAUUCAGUAUCAGUACAAAAAUCAAGUGUGGCUGUAGUUUUAUCAGAUGUUGAAACUUCUGAAAAAAUUAGUUCCUUAUCUGAAACUGAUGUUGAAGAGAAAAGUGAUUUUGUGGAUGUUUCUCCUGUUAAACUUACAAUGCCUGUUUCUCCUUCAAAAUUAGUUUCUUCCUCUCAUGAGUCCCUUUCUGCAACUAAUGAUCAAACAAAUGAGGACGAAACUGCAAGUGUGACUGUUGAAAAAAAUAUAUACAAUAAACGAGAAGAUGAAGAUGAAAUUGAGAAACCUGAAAUUAGCACAAUAGAAGGACAGUUGGAAAAAGAAAGGCGGUUAAUGGCAGAAUCAGUAGACAAGUUAGAAAGUGAUAAUUUGUCUGCACCAGAAAACAAAAAUAAUACCGAAGAAACAUCUGAAGAAUCUGUACAAGCUAAGGAGAUUAAGAGUAUUGAAUCAAAUGCAGUCGUUUCAGUAUCUCAAAAUACUUUGAUUUCAGAGACUGAUGUAGCACCUACAAGACGGCCAAGAAGUGUAACAGUUCCGCGUAAACAGAUACCAAGUCAAAUACAAAGGCCAAAAUCGAUGUCUUUCAGUAGUCAAAGACCCCCAAGCACAAACGGAAGACAGAUGUUCAAUGCCGGCCCAACCAGACCGCCUUUUCGUAUUCCUGAAUUUAGAUGGUCUCCCAUUCACCAACGGUUAUUAUCUGACUUGUUAUUUUCUCUGGAAACAGACAUUCAGGUGUGGCGAAGCCACACAACAAAGACUGUGAUAGAUUUUGUAAAUAGUGGAGAGAAUGCAAUAUUUGUCAUAAAUACUGUUCAUUUAAUAUCUCAAGUAGCUGAUAACAUUAUUAUUGCUUGCGGGGGUUUGCUUCCUUUGUUAGCAUCAGCUACAUCACCAAAUCAUGAGCUUGAUGUCAUUGAACCUACUCAAGGCAUGUCAAUCGAAGUUGCUGUUGCAUUUCUUCAACGACUUGUUAAUAUGACAGAUGUGCUUGUUUUUGCUUCAUCAUUGAGUUUCAGUGAAUUGGAAGCAGAAAAGAAUAUGUCUAGUGGAGGGAUUUUGCGCCAGUGUCUGAGAUUAGUGUGCACAUCUGCAGUACGUAAUUGUUUGGAAUGCAGAGAAAGAAGCCUCCCCCAAACACCUGUUACUCCACAUCCUAGUUCCAAUUUAUCAAGAGAAAUUCCUCGACCAUCUUCCAUUCAGGCAUUGAUUGGAGGCGUGCAGCCUUCAGCCAAGAACAUUGUAGAAAAUCUGGGUGGACAAAGCAGCCCCAUUCGGGACCCAGAAAAACUUCUUCAAGACAUGGAUGUCAAUCGUCUCAGAGCUGUUAUUUAUAGAGAUGUUGACGAAACAAAGCAAGCUCAAUUUCUUGCUCUUGCGGUUGUUUACUUCAUCUCCGUUUUGAUGGUUUCAAAAUACCGUGACAUAUUAGAGCCACCAACUCCUCCAGCAUCUUUUUCUUCUUCACGACCAUCUGUAACUUGUGAUUCCUCUCAAUAUAUAACAUCUGCAUCCACAUCACAAUCUGUUGCUGAAAAUGAGGUUCGAAGUAAUGGGCAAGUUGAUGAAUCUAUUGCAGUCUCUCAUGAAGAUGGAGAAGAUGAAGUAAUCAUUGUUGAGGACACAGAUUCAAGUAUCCUUGCUCAUCUGCAUUCCUCGGGUGCACCUGUCCCUGCUGCUGUCAGGGCACAGAAAGUUAAAAAUGAACAGACUAAUCGUAAGAGAGCUGAAAUUAUGGUCAACGGUGGUGAAGGAGAUAGUCCAACAGUUAAUGGAGAACUAGCUGAUAGAGAUAUUGAAGAAGAUUCAGUCAUAAAAUUGACUUCCGCUGUCACAGACAGCUCUUUAUGCUCCACAAAUACCAGAGUUUCAAGUUCCGAUCCCUCCAUCAUGUCAUCUUCUAUUGCUCAAAAUGGAUUUUCUAGAACUGUAGAAUCUGUUGAUGGUUGUCAACAGUCUCGCGUUGCUGAUGACUUGAAUAUAACUUCCAUGGGCUCAACUGAUGACUUUCAUGUGUUGAGCUCACCUUUGUCACGAGAAGCAACCCUUACACAAAAGCUUGAAUCUGCUUUGGGCAGUGUGUGUCCAUUGCUCAGAGAGAUAAUGCUUGAUUUUGCUCCUUUUUUAUCAAGAACACUUGUUGGAUCUCAUGGACAAGAUUUAUUAAUGGAAGGAAAAGAAUGGCAAAAUUCCUUGCAAAAACAUGCUGGUUUAGCAUUUAUAGAACUGAUAAAUGAAGGGAGAUUACUCUCUCAUGCUAUGAAAGAUCAUAUUGUCAGAGUAGCCAAUGAAGCAGAAUUUAUUUUGAAUCGAAUGAGGGCAGAUGAUGUUUUAAAACAUGCUGAUUUUGAAUCGCUUUGUGCGCAAACAGUGUUGGAUCGAAAAGAGGAGGAGAAAAUGUGUGAUCAUCUCAUUACUGCUGCAAGAAGAAGAGACAGUGUCACAGCAUCCAGAAAUAUAGAAAGAAUUUUAAACAUUUUGACCAAUAAGCAUGGUGCAUGGGGAAAUAAAUUGGGUCCUUCUCUUAGAGAAUAUUUAAAGUUGGAUUCUUGGGAAGAUGAUGCUAGAAGACGGAAGCGCUUCAUCCAAAAUCCAUAUGGGUCUAGUCACCCAGAAGCAACUUUAAAAGCGGCUAUUGAACAUGGUGCUCCUGAAGAUGCCAUUUUACAAGCUCGUGAAGAGUUUCAUCAACAUCUUGCUCUAACUCGAAGGCAACAGCAACAUCAUUUGCAGAGCAGUGAUUUAUUAGAUGACAGUGACCUUUGGGAUGAUAAAGAUUUGGAUGCUGAAUUGGCAGUUUCGUCAAAAAUUGAACUUACGGCUCAUGAGUCAACAAAAACUGAAACGUGUGAUAUUAUUGAGAAAACAUCUAGUGAUGUAGACAAGGAGUUGACUCAUAGUGAGCCUCAAGCUCUAUCUGAUGAUAAAAGCAGCACAGAAAAUAAUACUCAGGUUGUUGAAAGUGAGAAUACUGUUUCAGAGGAGUCUAACGUAGAAUUUGAGGAGAUACAACAGACUUGUAAUGAUGAAACAUUAAGUCAAAGUGUUGAGGCUGAUGCUAUUGAAAUACCAAAUUCAGAUAUAUCAAUAGAAAGUGUUUCUAGAAAAGUGAUUUUGCGGAUGUUUCUCCUGUUUAAACUUACAAUGCCUGUUUCUCCUUCAAAAUUAGUUUCUUCCUCUCAUGAGUCCCUUUCUGCAACUAAUGAUCAAACAAAUGAGGACGAAACUGCAAGUGUGACUGUUGAAAAAAAUAUAUACAAUAAACGAGAAGAUGAAGAUGAAAUUGAGAAACCUGAAAUUAGCACAAUAGAAGGACAGUUGGAAAAAGAAAGGCGGUUAAUGGCAGAAUCAGUAGACAAGUUAGAAAGUGAUAAUUUGUCUGCACCAGAAAACAAAAGUAAUACUGAAGAAACAUCUGAAGAAUCUGUACAAGCUAAGGAGAUUAAGAGUAUUGAAUCAAAUGCAGUCGUUUCAGUAUCUCAAAAUACUUUGAUUUCAGAGACUGAUGUAGCACCUACAAGACGGCCAAGAAGUGUAACAGUUCCACGUAAACAGAUACCAAGUCAAUUACAAAGGCCAAAAUCUAUGUCUUUCAGUAGUCAAAGACCCCCAAGCACAAACGGAAGACAGAUGUUCAAUGCCGGCCCAACCAGACCGCCUUUUCGUAUUCCUGAAUUUAGAUGGUCUCCCAUUCACCAACGGUUAUUAUCUGACUUGUUAUUUUCUCUGGAAACAGACAUUCAGGUGUGGCGAAGCCACACAACAAAGACUGUGAUAGAUUUUGUAAAUAGUGGAGAGAAUGCAAUAUUUGUUAUCAAUACUGUUCAUUUAAUAUCUCAAGUAGCUGAUAACAUUAUUAUUGCUUGCGGGGGUUUGCUUCCUUUGUUAGCAUCAGCUACAUCACCAAAUCAUGAGCUUGAUGUCAUUGAACCUACUCAAGUUGCUGAAAAUGAGGUUCGAAGUAAUGGGCAAGUUGAUGAAUCUAUUGCAGUCUCUCAUGAAGAUGGAGAAGAUGAAGUAAUCAUUGUUGAGGACACAGAUUCAAGUAUCCUUGCUCAUCUGCAUUCCUCGGGUGCACCUGUCCCUGCUGCUGUCAGGGCACAGAAAGUUAAAAAUGAACAGACUAAUCGUAAGAGAGCUGAAAUUAUGGUCAACGGUGGUGAAGGAGAUAGUCCAACAGUUAAUGGAGAACUAGCUGAUAGAGAUAUUGAAGAAGAUUCAGUCAUAAAAUUGACUUCCGCUGUCACAGACAGCUCUUUAUGCUCCACAAAUACCAGAGUUUCAAGUUCCGAUCCCUCCAUCAUGUCGUCUUCUAUUGCUCAAAAUGGAUUUUCUAGAACUGUAGAAUCUGUUGAUGGUUGUCAACAGUCUCGCGUUGCUGAUGACUUGAAUAUAACUUCCAUGGGCUCAACUGAUGACUUUCAUGUGUUGAGCUCACCUUUGUCACGAGAAGCAACCCUUACACAAAAGCUUGAAUCUGCUUUGGGCAGUGUGUGUCCAUUGCUCAGAGAGAUAAUGCUUGAUUUUGCUCCUUUUUUAUCAAGAACACUUGUUGGAUCUCAUGGACAAGAUUUAUUAAUGGAAGGAAAAGGCUUAUGCACAUUCAAAAACAGCACUUCUGUUGUUGAACUCGUAAUGCUCUUGUGUUCCCAAGAAUGGCAAAAUUCCUUGCAAAAACAUGCUGGUUUAGCAUUUAUAGAACUGAUAAAUGAAGGGAGAUUACUCUCUCAUGCUAUGAAAGAUCAUAUUGUCAGAGUAGCCAAUGAAGCAGAAUUUAUUUUGAAUCGAAUGAGGGCAGAUGAUGUUUUAAAACAUGCUGAUUUUGAAUCGCUUUGUGCGCAAACAGUGUUGGAUCGAAAAGAGGAGGAGAAAAUGUGUGAUCAUCUCAUUACUGCUGCAAGAAGAAGAGACAGUGUCACAGCAUCCAGAAAUAUAGAAAGAAUUUUAAACAUUUUGACCAAUAAGCAUGGUGCAUGGGGAAAUAAAUUGGGUCCUUCUCUUAGAGAAUAUUUAAAGUUGGAUUCUUGGGAAGAUGAUGCUAGAAGACGGAAGCGCUUCAUCCAGAAUCCAUAUGGGUCUAGUCACCCAGAAGCAACUUUAAAAGCGGCUAUUGAACAUGGUGCUCCUGAAGAUGCCAUUUUACAAGCUCGUGAAGAGUUUCAUCAACAUCUUGCUCUAACUCGAAGGCAACAGCAACAUCAUUUGCAGAGCAGUGAUUUAUUAGAUGACAGUGACCUUUGGGAUGAUAAAGAUUUGGAUGCUGAAUUGGCAGGUCCUGUGAGUUUCAGUACCAAAUGUCGUCUAAUCGCUCCUGGUGUAUUUGUUCCUGGAAUGUUGUCUAUUACCCAAGCUGAGAUGUUCUUUGAAGUAGAUGAAGAUGACCAAGAAUACAAAAAAAUGGAUCCAGAGCGAGUACUUACUGAAAAACUUAUCAUAUCAGCAGAAAGAAGUGUUUAA